AUGGACAAGAUGUCCCGAAUGAUUCGGGGAAAGGUUGAAAUGUCCAUGAGCAAACUCAACCUUUUUAAUCUUUAUAGGAAAGACCCAAUCGACUACGUUGGUAAAACAAUGUAUCAGCAGAAAUGGACUGCCAAGUCCGAAACCAGGGCAUACCACGGAGAGCAUUUGAAGGAAAAAAGGUUCAAAAAAGUGUUAUUUGAUCCCGAGCUUAAGACAUAUUCUCAAUUAGAUGCCUCAUUAAAAGGUGAAGCUGUAGCCCCAACACCCAUCACUUUACAAACCUAUGCAGCUCUUGAGAAAAGAUUAGAGUUUGCCGUGUUUAGAAGCAUGUUUGCUUCUUCAGUUAGACAAGCACGCCAAUUCAUUCUUGGAGGAUUUGUCAAAGUGAAUGGUGUCAAAAUUAGACAUCCAUCUUUUCCACUCAAAAGCGGUGAUGUGUUUUCAGUAGACCCAGAAAAGGUUCUAUUUGCUAUGGGUAGAGCCAAGCCAAGUUUUGAAAAAUCAGUCAAGAUCGACGACAAACAAAUUCGUGUUUGGAACAAAUACCUUUCUUUGAUGAAAAAGGACCCUGAAAGAGUUAAACAGAUGAAGGAAACUCGGCCUGAAAACUUGGAUCAAUUGGAAGUGCUCAAAAAACAAGAGAUUCUCAAUCGUCGAAAGAGCAGCAGCAACAGGAACAUGAAGGCAAAACAAAACCUGGUUUCAAACAAAUCAAUCUUGAAGGAUAUCAUACAACUAGGCAAAGCUGCCAGCGGAGAAGUAUCUGCUGAAUCAUUCAGAAAAUACGGAAAUUUUGCGGAUGAGAAAUGUUUAAAGAUUUACAACAUUCUAGCUCAAAAGAAGCAUUCUCUUUUGGAUAACACUUCAGAAGAAGCGUUGGACAAGUAUUUUGCCAAGGACGUUGAGAGAUCCGAAGGCGAAGUGAAAGAGUUUAGAUUAAUCAAAAGUGUCUUGAAGGAAUUGGAACAUAGCGAAUGGGAAAGGAUACGAAAAACGCAUCUGGGCGAAAGCGGAGAAAAUGUUACCCCAGCCGUUUUGGAAAAAACAACCAAAACAACCAAAUUUGUUCCUCAAUUAAACAAGGAAGAAAUCUUGGAGAAGGGUGAAUACAGCGGACCAAACUUACCAUGGCAAAAGAGCCCGUAUGGCCGUGAAGAGCCUGAAAGAUCUUUCUUUACCCCAUGGACCCCAAGAGCCUUUUUGGGAUCUUUUGCAGUUUUGCCAUCUCACAUUGAGAUUUCCUUCGACACUUGUCAUGCUGUAUACUUGAGAGAUCCAAUUGCUAGACCAGGCCAUUCCGAGGUGAUAUCCCCAUUCCCAGAGCAUGUUCACGAACGUGCAUACAUGUAUUACAUCAAAAAGGGUAUGUAA